AUGGCCAUCACGAUCCUGCAGCAAGCCCCCUCGCCCUCUGAGGCACGCAUCCGCCACACCCAGCAAAACGUCACCGUUCACAUCACUCCCGCCUCCAAGGCCUUCCAGAACCCUGGCACCCUCUACGUCGCCGACGAGUCGCUGUACUUUUUCUCAGAGACAUCAAACUCAGGAUUCGCCGUCCCUUAUCCAUCAAUUAUCAUUCACGCCAUCGCACGCGAAUCCCACGUCGGACCCAGUAUCUACUGUCAGCUCGAGGGGUCCCUCGGCUCCUUUGGAUCAGCCCACACCUCCACCCCCAUCAGCAAUGGAAACGGAGCCACAGAGGAAGAGGACGAAGACGAGGAUGCAGUGUUGGAGUUGAGUUUUGUCCCCGCAGAGGUUUCAUCGCUGGACACCAUCUACGAGAACCUCUCCUACUGCGCGUCACUUCACCAGGACGAUAUGGAUGAUGAGGACAUGGAUGGCGAGGGAGACUACUACGAGGACGAUAUUAACGACCACGAGGGACUCUAUGCCGAUGCCGAUAUCCAAGGAGGAUAUAUCCCAAAGUCUAGCAGCGCUACAGCUAUCGGCACAUCAUCAUCUUCAGGAGCACAAGAAGGAGAGGUGGAGCAGGUCCCGGCGAUCGAUUUGCAAAGUGGUGAGUGGUACACCGGAAACGCCGAGACAGAUGCCAAGUUUGAGCUGAGCGAGCAAGGCCAGGUAAUGGUCCAGCAAUGGAGUCAGAACCAGAAUCAGGAGGUUGAUAGCACCACUGGCAUUGCAGGAAAGCGUGUUCGACAGGAAGGUGACGAGGCAUCGAUGAUGGUCGACGCAUCUGAGGCAGGAGAGGAUCAGGAAGGGCAGGAGUACACAGAGGAACAGGAACAGGAGGCGCGGUCAAAAAUGUGGCUACCAGAACCCCAUGCGGCACUGGCCAAGAUGGAGAGCAUGCUUCAGGACCCUCACGGACUGAUCCCCAAGCCUGAGGACGAGGAGCCAGGCGAGGACGCCGAGGAAGAUCGCUUCAAGGAUGUCGACGUCUGA